CUAUCUAAGGCUGCCAAGAUGUCCGGCGCAUAGACACCGCCGACGGGAACGCCAAGAUCCGAUGCAACAGCAACAGGGUCAGGUGCUCGAUUUCAGUUUGGCUCAUUUGAUGCUCAACAGCAAGAUCAACGAACCGAGGUAAUCACUUUUGGAAACCCAUUUUACCUGAACCGAAACGAAGCGCUCAAUCAAUCCAUUGGAUCUGAGCUAUUUGAUGGAACGAACUACACUAUGUGGAGUAGGUCAGUGAUUAUGGGUCUUAAGAUGAAACACAAACUGGGUUUUGUGGAUGGAAGCAUUCUGAUGCCUCCAGCUACAGAUGAUCGUUAUUUGCUGUGGGAUGCUUGUAAUACAGCAGUAUUGUCAUGGAUUAUGAACUCUUUACACAAAGAUCUGCGAAGAUCAGUCAUGAAUCAUGUCAAUGCUAAAGUUCUGUGGGAUGAGUUGAAGAGAAGGUUUGGUAAACCAAAUGCCAUCAAAAUCAUCAACCUGGAAGAUGAAAUCCAGGCUUGCAAACAGAAGAAUUCUACUAUAAAUUAGUAUUAUACCCAGAUGAAAGGUUAUUGGGAGGAGUAUAUGCAAUUUAGCCCACUUGUUCCAUGUAACCGUGCACCUGGAAAUCCUAAUCCUUGUGCAGCAGUGACAGCAUAUACAGAAAGGCAAGAGACAGACUACUUGAUCCGGUUUCUCAGAGGAUUGAACCCAGAUUAUGAAGUGGUCAAGACUCAGAUCUUGAUGCAAAAACCACUCCCAAGUGUAUAUGAAGUUGUGGAUGACCUGUUGCAGCAUGAACAGAAGUUGAAAGGAGAAGCAGGGGGUAACAGUAAGAAAUCUCAAAGUGUGGCUUUGGCUGUCAAUUCAGAUCAGAAUACAGAGCAGAGGCAGCAAGGCAAGAAGUAUUGUGAGUUCUGUAAAAGAACUGGUCACAACAUAGAUGAAUGCUGGACCAAGAAGAGGAAAGACAAGGAACAAAGAAAUGGUAACAAUGCAGGUAACACACAAGGUCGUGGACCAAGUAGAUUUGCUGGUUCUGUGUCACAAGGAAGUUCAGGUGAAUCACAAAGAGAAGGAAGUGUGACUGGAGACACAUCAGAUGGGAGCCCUGUGAGUACUGCUAAGUCAGUGGUAGGUUUUACACCUGAGGAGAUGAAUAAGCUGAGGUUCAUGAUGCAAUCUAGUGCUAACAUAGCCAACUCACCUCCACCAUCACCUUAUAUUCACCACAAUGCUUAUUCAGUUUCACAAUAUCUCCCACCUUUUCCCAAUUACUCAGGUAAUUAUGUGCUUUCCACUCAUAACAACCUUACCAAUACCAACAUAGUGCAUUUCUGGAUUCUAGACACAGGAGCUUCAGAUCAUAUAUCUUGUUCCUUAGCUUUGUUCACUGAGUGUCAACCAGUUGUCAACACUUAUGUGUAUCUCCCUAAUACAACCAAGGUUCUUGUUACACAUGUAGGAACAGUGAAGUUGCCAUCUGGAAUGUAGUUAUACAAUGUCCUUCUAGUUCCCAGUUUUUCUUUCAAUCUGGUUUCAGUUAGUAAACUCACCAGAGAUUCCCCUCUAGCCUUACACUUUCAUUCUGAUUCAUGUUAUGUCCAGGACCUUCUAAGCAAGAGGAAGAUUGGUUUAGCCAAAGAGUCUAGAGGUCUGUACCAGCUUUCUUUCCAACCAACUCAAGACCAAAUGCACACAUCUUCACUUCCUCAAGCAGCCACCACCUUCAACUUCAAUGCUCACCAGUUUGACCUCUGGCAUUGGAGACUAGGCCACUCUAGUAGUGAUAGGAUUUCUUUGUUACAGUAACUGAUUCCACUGUAACUAGUUCCAAGAUUUCCCAUUGUGAUGUUUGCCAUUUUUCUAAACACAAACGCCUUCCAUUCCCUGUUAGCACUAGCACUGCAAGUGAUCUGUUCCAACUUAUACACGUUGACAUUUGGGGCCCUUUGUUUGUUAUCUCCUAUGAUGGUUAUGCUUACUUUCUUACUGUUGUGGAUGAUUACUCUAGAGCAGUUUGGGUGUUUUUAAUGAAACACAAAGGUGAAACCAGAGAGUUACUUAAAGGGUUUUUUCAACUGGUUAAAAACCAAUUUGGAAAGACAGUCAAGGUAGUGAGAAGUGAUCAGGGGAGGGAGUUCAAUAUGUGUGAGUUUUACAUGGAAAAUGGUAUUGAGCAUCAAAUGUCUUGUGUGGAAACCCCACAACAGAAUGCUAGGGUGGAGAGGAAGCAUCAACAUAUAUUAAAUGUUGCUCGCUCAU